GUUUCAGCUUGAGCGGCAAUCCAAACAAAAAUGGUCAAAGCUGGCCACAUAAUACUUUUGACUCAGCUUUUGGUCAUUGCAAAUGGAGCAGAACUGAGCAAAGAUGCCGAUUAUGUCCAAAACGAAGUCAAUCCAGCCGAAUCGGCACUUUCCUUCCCCAGGGUAUCUCGAAAGACAUCGUCGCUUAACGGCAACAUUGAAAAGAUCGAUGUAAAAUGUGACACUUCAAAUGGGAUGAUAGUCGAAGUGGAAUUUGCGGAGCCAUUCAAUGGGGUUAUAUACAGUCAGGGAUACUACAACGAUCCCAAAUGCAAAUAUGUGAACGCUGGUAAAAAUGAAAACAGAUUUGUAUUUAAAGUGCCAUUUGAUGGCUGUGGCAGCAAGCCCUCCUGCUCGCUGUGUGCAUCUGUUGACAACAUUCUUAUCAUUCAGAAUGACGAAAGUAUUCAAGAGAGCUGGGACACAGCACGCAAGAUAACAUGUAGUCGCAGUGACGAACAGGAAAAAACUGUUUAUUUUCGGCCAUUCGUUGUCGAUAUGCUGGAAGUAAUUUCAGUGGAGACGCCAAGUGGUCCUGUCGAAUGCUGGAUGGAAAUUGGAACCGGAAUUCCUCCGAAUAUUAAGCCAAUUAAUUACACCUUAAAAUUGGGCACGGAUAUCACAUUUACGAUAAAUGUUAAGCAAUCUACUCAGACAUGGGAUAUCAAUAUUUUACAAUGUUAUGCAUCCGAUCAUCCAGAAUUUGAUGCUAGCACUACGACAAAAUUGCAACUUUCGGAUAAAAAUGGAUGCUCGUUAAAAAGAAAAGUGUUCGGAGAAUGGAUGAAAUUAGAGGCGCGCUCUGGACAAACAUUAACAUAUUAUAAUACGCUUAAGGCUUUCAAGUUUCCCGACCGAUCUCAAGUUUACUUAAAAUGUGAUAUUGAACUAUGCAAUGGAUCCUGUGAGCGGGACUAUACCUGUGGCUUAGACAUUAGAGACCAAGGUAUAGCCACAACUAAACGAACACAAAUCGAAACUCUGAAGCCAGAUUGUUAUCCGGGAGCAACAGAUCCUCGUUGCCAACAAGGAUCUAGGACCACACAAAAGCCAGGCUGCUCUCCUGGCUCAACCGAUCCUCGUUGUCCACAACAGCCCACAACGACAGUUUCACCUAACUGCUAUCCUGGAUCACGCGAUCCACGGUGCCCACAGGAACCGAAAACCACUUCAAAGCCUCGUUGCUAUCCUGGGUCAACUGAUCCCGAUUGCCAACAAACCACUUACUUGCCUCCAACGACUGGUAAGCCACCAAGAACUUCACCUAAACCCAGAUGCUCUCCUGGAUCCACAGAUCCUCGUUGUAUACAACAGCCGAAGACAACGUCUUCACCUGAUUGUUAUCCUGGCUCACGGGAUCCUCGUUGUCCGCAGGAAUCCAAAACCACAUCGAAGCCCCGUUGUUAUCCAGGCUCUAGUGAUCCUCGGUGCCCACAGGAACCGAAACCUACUACGAAGUCCCGUUGCUAUCCUGGAUCUACCGAUCCCGAUUGCCAACCAGCCACCUACUUGCCUCCAACAACAGUUCGACCAAUAGGAACAACGUCUAAGCCAAGCUGCUAUCCUGGCUCAAGCGAUCCUCGUUGUCCACAACAGCCAAAGACGACUUCUUCGCCUGACUGCUAUCCUGGCUCACGGGAUCCUCGUUGUCCACAGGUACCGAAAACUACUUCGAAACCGAGUUGCUAUCCGGGAUCUACCGAUCCUCGUUGUCCACAACAGCCAAAGACAACUGCCUCUCCUAACUGCUACCCAGGAUCUACUGACCCUCGUUGCUCACAACAACCCAAAACCACAUCGAAACCUCGUUGUUAUCCAGGCUCAACUGAUCCCGAUUGCCAACCAGCCACCUACUUGCCUCCAACUACAGUUCGACCAAUAGGAACAACGUCUAAGCCAAGCUGCUAUCCUGGCUCAAGCGAUCCUCGUUGUCCGCAACAGCCAAAGACGACUUCUUCGCCUGACUGCUAUCCUGGCUCACGGGAUCCUCGUUGUCCACAGCAACCGAAAACCACCUCGAGGCCCAGCUGCUAUCCUGGAUCAAGUGAUCCACGUUGUCCACAGGAACCAAAAACUACUUCGAAGCCUCGUUGUUAUCCAGGCUCAACUGAUCCCGAUUGUCAACCAGCCACAUACCUACCUCCUACAACGGUCCGACCCCGCUUAACAACGUCGAAGCCAAGGUGUUCUCCUGGAUCAACAGAUCCUCGUUGUCCACAACAGCCAAAGACGACUUCAUCACCAAAGUGCUAUCCUGGAUCAAGUGAUCCCCGUUGUCCACAGGAACAGAAAACUACUUCGAAGCCUCGUUGUUAUCCAGGCUCAACUGAUUCCGACUGCCAGCCAGCCACAUACCUACCUCCUACAACGGUUCGACCACCGGCAACAACGUCGAAGCCAAGGUGUUCUCCUGGAUCAACAGAUCCUCGUUGUCCACAACAGCCAAAGACAACGUCUUCACCUGACUGCUAUCCUGGAUCAAGUGACCGGCGUUGUCCGCAAGUACCGAAAACUACUUCUAAACCGAGUUGCUACCCGGGAUCUACCGAUCCUCGUUGUCCACAACAACCAAAGACAACUCCAACGCCAAGCUGUUAUCCUGGAUCAAGUGAUCCUCGGUGCCCAAAAGAACCUAUUAGAACAACCUCCACUCCAUCAUGUCGUCCAGGAUCGAGUGAUCCAGAAUGUCUGAAUUGUUUCCCUGGAUCGCCAGACCCAAGAUGCCCCAAAGUACCAACUACAAGAAAACCAGGCUGCUUUGAUGGCUCAACUGAUCCAAAGUGUCAACCAGCCACUUACCUUCCGCCAAUAAAAACAACCAAAAUUCCUGGUACUAAGGUAACGCCACCAAGACCUUCUUGCUACCCCGGAUCAACAGAUCCUCGUUGUCCGCAACAGCCAAAGACGACUUCUUCACCUGACUGCUACCCUGGCUCACGGGAUCCUGGUUGUCCACAGCAACCCAAAACCACCUCGAGGCCCAGCUGCUAUCCUGGAUCAAGUGAUCCCCGUUGCCCACAGGAACCAAAAACUACUUCGAAACCUCGUUGUUAUCCAGGCUCAACUGAUCCCGAUUGUCAACCAGCCACAUACCUACCUCCUACAACGGUUCGACCACCGGCAACAACGUCGAAGCCAAGGUGCUAUCCUGGAUCAACAGAUCCGCGUUGUCCACAACAGCCAAAGACAACGUCUUCACCUGACUGCUAUCCUGGAUCAAGUGACCGCCGUUGUCCACAGGUACCAAAAACUACUUCGAAACCGAGUUGCUAUCCGGGAUCUACCGAUCCUCGUUGUCCACAACAGCCAAAGACGACGUCUUCACCUGACUGCUAUCCUGGCUCACGGGAUCCUCGUUGUCCACAGCAACCCAAAACCACCUCGAGGCCCAGCUGCUAUCCUGGAUCAAGUGAUCCACGUUGUCCACAGGAACCAAAAACUACUUCGAAACCUCGUUGUUAUCCAGGCUCAACUGAUCCCGAUUGUCAACCAGCCACAUACCUACCUCCUACAACGGUUCGACCACCGGCAACAACGUCGAAGCCAAGGUGUUAUCCGGGAUCAACAGAUCCUCAUUGUCCACAACAGCCAAAGACGACGUCUUCACCUGACUGCUAUCCCGGCUCACGGGAUCCUCGUUGUCCACAGCAACCCAAAACCACCUCGAGGCCCAGCUGCUAUCCUGGAUCAAGUGAUCCCCGUUGCCCACAGGAACCAAAAACUACUUCGAAACCUCGUUGUUAUCCAGGCUCAACUGAUCCCGAUUGUCAACCAGCCACAUACCUACCUCCUACAACGGUUCGACCACCGGCAACAACGUCGAAGCCAAGGUGUUCUCCUGGAUCAACAGAUCCUCGUUGUCCACAACAGCCAAAGACGACUUCAUCACCAAAGUGCUAUCCUGGAUCAAGUGACCCCCGUUGUCCUCAGGUACCGAAAACUACUUCGAAGCCGAGUUGCUAUCCGGGAUCUACCGAUCCUCGUUGUCCACAACAACCAAAGACAACUCCAACGCCAAGCUGUUAUCCUGGAUCAAGUGAUCCUCGGUGCCCAAAAGAACCUAUUAGAACAACCUCCACUCCAUCAUGUCGUCCAGGAUCGAGUGAUCCAGAAUGUCUGAAUUGUUUCCCUGGAUCGCCAGACCCAAGAUGCCCCAAAGUACCAACUACAAGAAAACCAGGCUGCUUUGAUGGCUCAACUGAUCCAAAAUGUCAACCAGCCACUUACCUUCCGCCAAUAAAAACUACCAAAAUUCCUGGUACUCAGGUAACCCCAUCAAGACCUUCUUGCUACCCCGGAUCAACAGAUCCUCGUUGUCCACAACAGCCAAAGACGACUUCAUCACCAAAAUGCUAUCCUGGAUCAAGUGACCCCCGUUGUCCGCAGGUACCGAAAACUACUUCGAAGCCGAGUUGCUAUCCGGGAUCUACUGAUCCCGAUUGUCAGCCAGCCACAUAUCUGCCUCCUACAACGGUUCGACCACCGGCAACAACGUCGAAGCCAAGGUGUUCUCCUGGAUCAACAGAUCCUCGUUGUCCACAACAGCCAAAGACAACUUCAUCACCAAAGUGCUAUCCUGGAUCAAGUGAUCCCCGUUGUCCUCAGGUACCGAAAACUACUUCGAAUCCGAGUUGCUAUCCGGGAUCUACUGAUCCUCGUUGUCCACAACAGCCAAAGACGACGUCUUCACCUGACUGCUAUCCUGGCUCACGGGAUCCUCGUUGUCCACAGCAACCGAAAACCACCUCGAGACCCAGCUGCUAUCCUGGAUCAAGUGAUCCACGUUGUCCACAGGAACCAAAAACUACUUCGAAACCUCGUUGUUAUCCAGGCUCAACUGAUCCCGAUUGUCAGCCAGCCACAUACCUACCUCCUACAACGGUUCGACCACCGGCAACAACGUCGAAGCCAAGAUGUUCUCCUGGAUCAACAGAUCCGCGUUGUCCACAACAGCCAAAGACGACUUCAUCACCAAAGUGCUAUCCUGGAUCAAGUGACCCCCGUUGUCCUCAGGUACCGAAAACUACUUCGAAACCGAGUUGCUAUCCGGGAUCUACUGAUCCUCGUUGUCCACAACAGCCAAAGACGACGUCUUCACCUGACUGCUAUCCUGGCUCACGGGAUCCUCGUUGUCCACAGCAACCGAAAACCACCUCGAGGCCCAGCUGCUAUCCUGGAUCAAGUGAUCCCCGUUGCCCACAGGAACCAAAAACUACUUCGAAGCCUCGUUGUUAUCCAGGCUCAACUGAUCCCGAUUGCCAACCAGCCACCUACUUGCCUCCAACUACAGCUCGACCAAUAGUAACAACGUCUAAGCCAAGCUGCUAUCCUGGCUCAAGCGAUCCUCGUUGUCCACAAAAGCCAAAGACAACUGCUUCGCCUAACUGCUACCCAGGAUCUACUGACCCUCGUUGUCCACAACAGCCCAAAACCACAUCGAAACCUCGUUGUUAUCCAGGCUCAACUGAUCCCGAUUGCCAACCAGCCACCUUCUUGCCUCCAACUACAGUUCGACCAAUAGUAACAACGUCUAAGCCAAGCUGCUAUCCUGGCUCAAGUGAUCCUCGUUGUCCACAACAGCCAAAGACAACUGCUUCGCCUAAGUGCUACCCAGGAUCUACUGACCCUCGUUGUCCACAACAGCCCAAAACCACAUCGAAACCUCGUUGUUAUCCAGGCUCAACUGAUCCCGAUUGCCAACCAGCCACCUACUUGCCUCCAACUACAGUUCGACCAAUAGUAACAACGUCUAAGCCAAGCUGCUAUCCUGGCUCAAGCGAUCCUCGUUGUCCACAACAGCCAAAGACAACUGCUUCGCCUAACUGCUACCCAGGAUCUACUGACCCUCGUUGUCCACAACAGCCCAAAACCACAUCGAAACCUCGUUGUUAUCCAGGCUCAACUGAUGCCGAUUGCCAACCAGCCACCUACUUGCCUCCAACUACAGUUCGACCAAUAGUAACAACGUCUAAGCCAAGCUGCUAUCCUGGCUCGAGCGAUCCUCGUUGUCCACAACAGCCAAAGACAACUGCUUCGCCUAACUGCUACCCAGGAUCUACUGACCCUCGUUGUCCACAACAGCCCAAAACCACAUCGAAACCUCGUUGUUAUCCAGGCUCAACUGAUCCCGAUUGCCAACCAGCCACCUAUUUGCCUCCAACAACGGUUCGACCAAUAGUAACAACGUCUAAGCCUAGAUGCUAUCCAGGUUCAAGGGAUCCUCAGUGUCAAAAAGAGCCCACUGCAACGACCAAAACUCUGUUAUGUCAUCCUGGCUCAAAUGAUCCAGAAUGUCUGAAUUGUUUCCCUGGAUCGCCAGACCCAAGAUGCCCCAAAGUACCAACUACAAGAAAACCAGGCUGUUUUGAUGGAUCGACCGAUCCAAAAUGUCAACCAGCCACUUAUCUUCCGCCAAUAAAAACAACCAAAAUUCCUGGUACUCAGGUAACGCCAUCAAGACCUUCUUGCUACCCCGGAUCAACAGAUCCUCGUUGUCCACAACAGCCAAAGACGACUUCAUCACCAAAAUGCUAUCCUGGAUCAAGUGACCCCCGUUGUCCGCAGGUACCGAAAACUACUUCGAAACCGAGUUGCUAUCCGGGAUCUACCGAUCCUCGUUGUCCACAACAGCCAAAGACAACGUCUUCACCUGACUGCUAUCCUGGCUCACGGGACCCUGGUUGUCCACAGCAACCGAAAACCACCUCGAGGCCCAGCUGCUAUCCUGGAUCAAGUGAUCCACGUUGUCCACAGGAACCAAAAACUACUUCGAAACCUCGUUGUUAUCCAGGCUCAACUGAUCCCGAUUGCCAACCAGCCACCUUCUUGCCUCCAACUACAGUUCGACCAAUAGUAACAACGUCUAAGCCAAGCUGCUAUCCUGGCUCAAGCGAUCCUCGUUGUCCACAACAGCCAAAGACAACUGCUUCGCCUAACUGCUACCCAGGAUCUACUGACCCUCGUUGUCCACAACAGCCCAAAACCACAUCGAAACCUCGUUGUUAUCCAGGCUCAACUGAUCCCGAUUGCCAACCAGCCACCUAUUUGCCUCCAACAACAGUUCGACCAAUUGUAACCACGUCUAAGCCAAGCUGCUAUCCUGGCUCAAGCGAUCCUCGUUGUCCACAACAGCCAAAGACAACUGCUUCGCCUAACUGCUACCCAGGAUCUACUGAUCCUCGUUGUCCACAACAAUCCAAAACCACAUCGAAACCUCGUUGUUAUCCAGGCUCAACUGAUCGCGAUUGCCAACCAGCUACAUACUUGCCUCCAACAACAGUUCGACCAAUAGUAACAACGUCUAAGCCAAGCUGCUAUCCCGGCUCAAGCGAUCCUCGUUGUCCACAACAGCCAAAGACAACUGCUUCGCCUAACUGCUACCCAGGAUCUACUGAUCCUCGUUGUCCACAACAAUCCAAAACCACAUCGAAACCUCGUUGUUAUCCAGGCUCAACUGAUCCCGAUUGCCAACCAGCCACAUAUUUGCCUCCAACAACAGUUCGACCAAUAGUAACCACGUCUAAGCCAAGCUGCUAUCCUGGCUCAAGCGAUCCUCGUUGUCCGCAACAGCCGAAGACGACUGCUGCGCCUAACUGCUACCCAGGAUCUACUGAUAUUCGCUGUUCGCAUAAUCUAGUGACUUCAACUUUACCGCCUACCACGACUCCAGCUUAUUGUUAUCCAGGAUCUGUGGAUCCCCGUUGUCCUGAUACUUAUAAGGGAUCAACGCCUAUUCCAGCCACUUACUUGCCGCCCUUGAGCAACCCUGGUUUCGACAGGACCAUCAGAAACGCUAAGGCUAAUUUCUUUAACGAGAUUAACAAGCUCGCAAUCACAAACAACAAUAUUUUUGAAUUAGACGACGAUGAGGAUAACGAGCCCAGGAGAAUUAAACGUGAUCUAAACGACAAAGAUAUAAAUCCAAUAACAAGUGCUGAUCUGAGCGAAGACCUUUUAUCGAGAAAGAUAAUGAAGCGUGAGUUUAAUGAGCGACCACCAGAAAGGGAGGUAAUUUCGUUUACCCUUGGCAUUCGCACCGGCAUCGUGGUGAAUUAGCCACCGUGGUAUAGUGUCAAGAACGCAACUCGCUCGCACUAAGCUUAAAAUGUAAACAUGUCUUAUAGCUACAUAUUUAUAUCUUACUAUUAAAGAAAUCAUUCGCAUAUACUCGAUAAAUAGUUUGUAACUUAUUUUUAAGUAUGCUCAGCUUGUAACGAAUGAUUUAUGUAAAUGCUUACCAAACUGAACAAUUAAAAAAU